CUUGUCCCUCAGCCCCCUGUCGCCUGGCCUCAGAGCAGUGCAGGCGGCGGGCGGCUCUCCAUCUCUCGGUGACCGCCGCUGAGGCCUGCCGCAGUUGCUCUUGGGUUCUUCUGCCGAGCCACCAUGUCGCAGAGCGGGGAGGAGAACCUGCAGGGCUCCUGGGUAGAACUGCACUUCAGCAAUGGGAACGGGAGCAGUGUUCCAGCCUCUGUCUCUAUUUAUAAUGGGGACAUGGAAAAAAUACUGCUGGAUGCUCAGCAUGAAUCUGGACGAAGUAGCUCCAAGAGUUCUCACUGUGACAGCCCACCUCGCUCCCAGACACCACAAGAUACCAACAGAUCUGAAAUAGACACUCACAGCUUUGGAGAGAAAAACAGCACUCUGUCUGAGGAAGACUAUAUUGAGAGAAGAAGAGAGGUUGAAAGCAUCUUGAAGAAAAACUCGGAUUGGAUAUGGGAUUGGUCAAGUCGGCCAGAAAAUAUCCCCCCCAAGGAGUUCCUUUUUAAACAUCCGAAGCGAACAACUACUCUCAGCAUGAGAAAUACAAGUGUUAUGAAGAAAGGGGGCAUUUUCUCAGCAGACUUUCUGAAGGUUUUUCUUCCAUCUCUGCUGCUGUCUCAUCUGCUGGCCAUUGGAUUGGGGAUCUACAUUGGAAGGCGUCUGACAACUUCCACUAGCACCUUUUGAUGGAAGAAUGGAUCUGACUUUUGUUCACACAGUGAGGAUUCAUGUCAGAGCUGUGACAGAUAACUGAAGAGCUAGCAUGAUCCUUGGGUGUCUGCACUACUUGUGUUUAUUUGUUCUGUAAAUGCGGUGUUCCUGAUUUAGUGAGACAGAAUAGACUCUAAUAUCAUGACCUAUAAUUAAACCUACGGGAUCAAUUAAUAAGCAUGUAAGACUGAUGCCUAUUGUAGCAUUUAUUAGUAAAUUUUUUUUGAAUAUUAGAUAUAAAUAGUAUGAAUAAUUUUAAUAUAGUUGCAAUGGUGUACUUAAAAAUGAUCUGUAAUUGUAAUCCAGUUAAGACACUUUACACUUCAAAAGAAUGAGUAAGUGAAAUUAAAAUCAUUAAAGGGUUUGUCCCAAAGGAAUAUUGUGGCCUUAAUGCUACAUGGUUAAUUAAACGGGUAUGGGUUAUCUGUAAAGACCUCUUACUAUGUGAAUAAAGUAGCAAGUAGAAGCUAAGGUUACCCACAAAGCCCACUGGGUAGUUGUUCCCUCCCCGCUUUCUUGCUUUGUAGGAUGAUUCCAGCCUCCUUGUCUGCCAUCACUGCCUUGGGUGGUCAGUUUUGUUGCAGGCACCUUCAUCAUUCUGCUGAUUUUAAAUCCCAUUGUUUGUACUAAAAUUUUGUGUGCUGUAUUGUAAGCAAAUCUGUCUACUUUAAAAGACUGGAAAUGAAAAUAAAUCUUUGCCAAAUCCUUUGGAGAUUACUGGAUUUGCAUAUGGGUUAAUCAGUAGCCAGUGCUUCUGUUAAUCCAGGUAUAUUCCCAGUCUUCCUCUUUUCUAUAGCAUGUUUUUAAAGGCUGCCUCCUUGACAUGCUGUAUAUAUCCUGUUGUGUUUGUUUCAUUGUCCCACACUUGACUCAGGUGAGUUAAAAUAAAAGAAACAUUUUAACGGUC